CACAGGACUGCAUUUUUUUUUUUUUUUUUCUGUUUCGAAUCUUGGCGCGCGAACAGGAAAAAUGAGGAUGCAAGCAAGGCUUUUUUUUUUAUUUUUUAAAUGCGCAUGCAUGCAUGCAAGCAAUCGUCCACGGUUGGGCAAAUGGGAGGUUUUACGACCCCCCGCACCCCCGCCCCAGUCCGCUGCACGCCCAAGUCUGUCCUAAUGCUGAGUGGACGGGGAGCGGGCGGCAUGUGGGAAAAUCUGUCGACUCCUUGCAGGACAGAGAGAGACUCUUGGGACACCAGGUCCGGUCUGGUCUGGACUGGACUCUUGGGCCGACGGACAGGCAGGAGGUUCCCCAUCCAGCCGGGGUGGGUUCCGUGGUUCGGCCAAUCGAGCCGGGACAAGUCCUUCUCUUCCACCUCUUCUCGUUGUAUCCGGCCUUUCACCGCUGGUUUUGCUCAUAUCUGUUCCAUGUUUUGUCUCUUUUCUGCAGAUUGACUUGCCUGGAAAGCACGCUGGCUCGCAGCUCGGAGGUGAGAAAAUAUGACGAGAUUGGGAUCCUGUUCGAAGACAGUCAGACAAAAAUGGGGAUGACUGGCGCCGGGGGGGGAGGUGGUGGAUAUGAUGUGUUUGAAUCCAGGACGGGCUCUGGGCAGGGUUUCACAGGGUCCCUCUCCCCCCCAUUCUAUCAGGUCGUCUCAUGUUCUCGUGAAGCUAGUUCGGAAGACUUGGCGGCUUGAGCCCUGGGGUUAAUGCACAUGAAUGCACAUACAGGAUUAAUACAAAAUACCAUAUUCAU